UACAAACUUGACAAAGCAGAAAAAUUCAGCAAACUUUAAUUUUGCAUUACGGUUUUCUGCAAUAUUCUGUGAAAAACAAACCAUAGACGGCAAUUCCAGUAUCCGUAAACACAAGAUUUGACAGAAAGCUAAACAUAAUUCAAAGAAUACAGGGGCUUAAAAAAAUUCUAUAAAAUAAAAAAUUAAACAAAAAAUGAAUAACGUUUAUUUUAAUAAUUGUAGCUCAAAUUCAAAAGACGAAUGGAAAUUAAAAUGUGGUGAAAUUUAUAUUAAUAAAAAUGAGAAUGAAAUGGUUCUAUCCUGCACAAACUGCGAUGUACAUUAUUUGUCUUUAGAGUGUUUUUCAAAACAUUAUUUUAGCCAACACUUUGUAAAAUCUGAAAUUUGUGAAUUAAGUACCUCAAGAAGAAAUGUGAACGUAAAAGACUCUUUAACAGAUUAUUCUGAUGAUAACAUUUUGGAAACUGAAAAUUACACCCUGGAUGAGUACGAUGGUUGUUCGAAAACUGAAAAACAAUGUACUGAUGAAAUGAAACAAGAAACAUCGAUCCCUGAAAAAAAAGCUUCACAUGAGGAAAAAAGAACUAGUAGUACACAUACUUUAGAUAUUAAAGAAAUUUUAACAAAUUGUUCCGAAAAAUUCGAAUUUCAACCUGAAAAAUUAGUAUCAAAUGAAUAUGCUUGCUCUGAAACUAAAAAAAAUCAAGCUAAAAGACUUAUUAAAAAGAAAAGCUCUUUUAACCUGGACAAAAAAAUUUCUUACAGACAGAAAAAAGCUAAAAAUAAACAACUGGAUAAUAAAAAAUCGGGAAGAAAAAAGAUUCCAGAAGGAUAUUUUAAAUGUGUUAUUUGUUCUGAAGUUUUGAAAUUGGAAGAAAAGGUAGAGCACGUGAAAAUCCAUCAACAUUCUUCAAGAUUUAUAUGUGAGACAUGUGGAAAAGGGGUCAAAAAUAAGUACCAAUUGGGACAACAUAUGAAAACUCACACAGGUGAAAGACCCUACAAAUGUCAGAUCUGUUUGGCCACUUUUAAAUGCAAACACACUCUUAAAGGACAUGAAAGAACUCACUUAGAUUAUAAACCUUUUAAAUGUAGUAUUUGUGAUAUGUUAUUUAAAUCCAAGCGAACUGCUCAACAACACGAGUUAAGACAUCAGGCUCCUACUGAAGCUAAUAUUGAAUGUGAUCUUUGCGGAAAAAAGUUUAACACUCAGACUAAAAUGAUGGAACACCGUGGAAGACAUAAGGAAGAGAAAAAGCCGUUUCAAUGUCCUAAAUGUCCGAAAAGUUUUCAAACUAAAUAUGCCUGCUCUGCUCAUGAGCGUUUGGAGCAUAAAGGUGAAUACAAUUAUAAAUGCAGUUACUGUGAUAAGCUUUUUAUAAAAAAUGCUAUGAAAAAAUCUCAUGAAUACACACAUACCCGAGUUGGGCAACCAUUUCCUUGUAACUUAUGUCCGAAAAAGUAUGCUACACGUGAAGGUCUUUAUAAGCAUAAAAAAAGGGAUCAUGUAAUGGAUAAACCACUACCUGAUUUCAAGUGUCACAAAUGCGAAAAAGUUUUUAAAUUACAAAGUGAAUACAUUGAACACUGUAGGAAACAUGCUUUAGAAGAACAUCAAUUUAUAUGUUCUGUUUGUGGGUCUAAUUUUGUCAACGAAAUUAAUUUAAAUAAUCAUAUAAAUGUAAUACACAAUGUUAGAAGUAAUAUAGUAAAAUAA